UACCGACUGGAACCAAGUUAUGGCACAAUAUGGAAGUUACCUCUCCGAGGAUGAUGGCACUCAGUUUCAGAACACUGCAUUUGCUCCUACGCCUGAGAUACCAGCCCAGGGAUCACCAGCACCACCUCCUGUGAAGAAGGCUCCUCAACGCACAAAGCUAGCAAAUUUCACGUCUGAAGAGGAUAUGAGGGUUUGUCAAGCUUGGUUGGCUGUGAGUUGUGAUCCCAUUGUGAACACUGGUCAGAAGCGUCAAGGAUUUUGGAAUCGGAUUACAGAGGCAUACAACUCUCGCAGAGGAUCAAUGCCAGAGAGGUCUACAAAAUCUCUCAUGAGCAGGUGGGACAGUAUCAAAACUCAAUGUUCUACAUUUGCUAGAUACAUGAUGGCUGUGCUUCGACAAAACCCAAGUGGCAUGACUGAUGCAGAUAAGACAUCUCUUGCGGCUACUCGGUUUGCUGCUGUUGAAAAGAAGCCCUUCCAUUUCUUACAUUGUUGGUCCAUAUUGAAGGAUCAACCAAAAUGGAUGGACCAGCACAUGGGUAACCAGAAUCCUCCACCGAACCCUAUUGGAACCCAAUCCAAUACUAUUGACUUAGAUGGUGGUGAAGACUCAGCUCCAUCAAGUUUUACUUCGAAGAGACCGCUUGGUCGUGAUUCAGCCAAGGAAAAGGCAAAGAAGCAAAGAUCAGAGAACACUUCAUCCACAGAUUCCGAGUACCUAACACGGAUGGGUGAGCUUUCUUUGGAACGGUUAUCUGUGUACAAAUCAGUAGCUUCAACUGAGGAGAAGAAGUUGGAGUUCAUGAAGAAACAGGAGAGGCAGAAACUCAUAUUGGAGAGGAAGAAGCUUAAUCUAGAGAAGAUGAAGAUGGAACGACAAAAGGUGAAGGAGGAGACGGAACAGGAGGUACUGAUAUUGAGCAUGGAUUUGACAAAAUGUAACCCCCUCCUUCGACAAUACUAUGAGGCGAAACAACAGGAGAUUCUGGCAAGGGUGACUGGGAGCUCGUCGUCAAGCAAGUGAAUGUUCAUGAAGACAUUGUACUGGUUGAGGAAGUAUUGUUAGUUGUUUUCGAAAACAAGUUUAUUUACAGCACUUGUGCACUUGACAUUUUCCUGUUGUGUCAUGGUUUGGAGAACAAGUCUAUGUUUCUGCACUUUUCAGUUUUCUGAGAAUGAAGAACAAGUUUAUGUUUCUGCACUUGUGCAUUGUAGGGGUUGUACAAUAAUGUUGAUGCAUAAUAAUAGUAGACUAGCUUCA